AUGGCUGCAUCUACAGUGAACACCGCCUCAAAGACUUCCAAGAAGAAGUCGACGAAGCCUGCUCGUCGUAACGAGUCUCCCGCCCCUAGCACCGCCUCCGGGGUUGCCGACAAGAACGAUGGUCAGGACGAACCCUUUGAGAGCGCCUUCAUCAAGGAGUUGCAAAAGAAUAUCCGCAACGUGAACAAGAAAAUCGCCCACGCCUCCAAGACCGAUGGCCUUCUCGGCCAGCAUGCCGGCAAAUCCCUCGAUGAGCUGGUCGUGGCCAAAGUAAUAAACGCCGACCAAAAGGCACAGAUCCAGAAGAAGCCGGCUCUGCAGGCGCAGCUCGAGCAGUUCGAGGAGCAGCUGGCUCAAUACCAAAAGGUCCACGAGCAGUACCGCCACCGGGCCGCCGCCGACAAGGCCGAAUGGGAAAAGUCUCUCGAAAAGGCCAGGGCCGACGCGGUCCGAGAGGCCAAGGCCGAGUUCAACAAGUCGCUGCGGGACAACCUGCUGGUCCUCUCCCAGUUUCUGCGCCUCGCAGCCUAUCGUCGCGAAGAGGCCAAGGAUCCCGAGUCCGACGAGAGCCAGGCGAUCGAAGGCGUCCUGCUGGCAAUAUACUCCGGAGACGACAGCGCCGUUGCUUCCAUGCUGAAGCUAAUCGACGGAUCCGAAGACCGCGUCCUGAGCGUUCCCGGAGAGCCGCUGCAGACCACAUAUUCCAGCGUCAAGUCCAUGGCUCGCGAGUACAAGACGCCCUCGUACGAAGAGGGGGAGCAUGGCCAGGAUGUUGUCACCGACCCUACCAUUGCCAACGCCACGGCAACCGAGAUGGACGCCGGCGAUGCCAUCCCCAUCAAUGGAAAAGCGUCGGAGCUCGCCUUUAACGGAAUCGCCAACUCCAACGUCGCGGAUGAGGCUGCCAACGAGGUCGCCGAGAGCCACUGGGAUGGCGAGAACGAAAUAUUCCUGUCGCAGGAGUGGGUCGACGUAAAAGUCCCUCGCGACCCGGCCGAGACGGACUCUGGCCUGAAGGCGACGCCUGCCGCCGCCGCCAAUACCAACACCCAGUCUUGGGCCGAUGACCAGCCUGACGCGUCGGAAACGACCCACGCUCCUGCCGCCGAUGCCAACGACGGCUUCCACCAAGUGCAACGCAAUCGAGGUCGACAGGAACGUGAGGGAGGCAACUAUCGAGGCCGGGGAAGGGGUGAAUGGCGAGGCCGUGGACGCGGAGACGGACGCGGACGCGGCCAUGGACGCGGCCAUGGCACCCACAACGGCGCCGUAUCCUCGCGACCCCCCCGCCGCCACGAGGAGUCAUAA